GGCCGGGCGAGCCGGCGGAGUGUCGUGGAAGCGUUUUCUCCCCUGUGCCAGAGGUGCGUGCUGCGCGCGCGCGGAGGCGAUGCACGGCUGAGGGAUCGGCGGCGCUGUUCUUCCUCCCUUCUCCACCUCCUCCUCUUCAUCGCUCGUCCCAGCUGGUCUCUUCCCAGCGCAUCAUCGGGAUCAGGGUGCCGCUGCUCCGCUGGCGGCGGCUCGGCUCGGCGACGGGAUGGCAGAGCAACUGUGCUCCGAGCGCCAGAUCCCGCUCAUCCAAAAGGAUAACCUCUUAAAGAGUCCCGGGAGCUCCUCGAGCGACCUGGGCGCCCGGCUGGGCUGCGCGCUGGCGUCGCAGCUGCACCUGAAGCCGCCCUCGCAGUUCCUCUCGACCGCGGGCCGCGGCCCGCUCUCGUCGGCGCUCUCCCAGAGGCUGUCGCGCGCCGUCGCCGGCGCGGCGAGCAGCUCCAGCGCCAUGUGGGACAAGUCCACCUCGCUGCCCAGCAUCGCCGUGCAGAGGGUCGGCCUGCUGCACCACGCGCCCUCCUCCGGCACCGCGGCGGCUGCGGCGACCGGCACGAGCGUCGCCUCUUCGUCGUCGUCGCGUCUCUCGUCGGCGGCGACACGCUGCUCCUUAACGGCGACGGCCGCCGCCGCCGGCGCGGCAAACGCGACGCCGGCGUCGCAGCCGGCGUCCUGCGGCGCGGCGCUGCCGCCCGUCUCGGCGGCUGCCGUCUCCUCCUGCUCGUCGUCGUCGAUGCACAGCGUUGCGUGUCGGAGCCUGAGCUGCAGCAACAACAAUAACAACAACGGCAUGAACGGCGUCAACGGCGGCAGUGCGUCCGAACUGCGCUCAAGCUUGGACUCGACCAUCUGCAAUGGGGCACUGUCCUCGUCCGUCAACGGGCACCGCAGGAGGCAGUCGCCGGAUGGACCGAACGUCGACCCCCACGGCCGACGGCUACCCCUCUCGCCCGCCGAAGCCCUUCUUUACUACGGUAACCGGUUGAGCAGCUACGAGCGUACCGAGGUGACCCAGUACCGCGAUGUCUGGUACCUGGGCCUGGACACCAGCAAGAUCGAGUACGACGAGGGAGUCGGCCAGAACGGCGGAUACGACGACGAGACCGGCUCCUACAUCAAGGUGAUGCACGACCACAUCGCGUACCGGUACGAGAUUCUGGAGGUUAUCGGAAAGGGCUCCUUCGGCCAGGUCAUCAGGGCCUACGACCACAAGACCAAGGACCACGUCGCGCUCAAGAUCAUCCGCAACAAGAAGCGGUUUCAUCAACAGGCCCUCAUCGAAGUGAAGAUAUUAGACCAUUUGAAGAAAAAGGAUAAGGACCAGUAUCACAACGUCAUACACAUGUAUGACUAUUUCUACUUUAGGAACCACUUAUGCAUCACAUUUGAACUGAUGGGAAUGAACCUGUACGAGCUCGUCAAGAACAACAGCUAUCAGGGCUUCAGCCUGAAUCUCAUCAGGAGGUUCGCCUACUCCCUUGUGCAAUGCCUGCGGCUCCUCCAUCGGGAGAGGAUUAUACACUGUGAUCUCAAACCUGAAAAUAUUCUCCUCAAGCAGAGGGGCAGCAGCGCCAUCAAGGUGAUAGAUUUUGGCAGCUCCUGCUUUGUACACCAAAGGGUCUACACGUACAUCCAGUCUCGGUUCUACCGUUCCCCAGAGGUGAUCCUUGGCCUUCCGUAUGGCACUGCCAUCGACAUCUGGAGCCUGGGUUGUAUCCUUGCCGAGCUGUACACGGGCCUUCCCUUGUUCCCGGGUGAACAUGAAGCCGACCAGCUGGCUUGCAUCAUGGAAGUGCUUGGCAUGCCACCCCCUUGUGUCCUUGAGCUGGCAACACGCAGGAGGCUCUUCUUCGACUCGAAGAACGUUCCUCGUCUAACUCAGAACAGCAAAGGAAAGAAGCGAAGACCAAACUCGAAAACGCUGGCUGCUGUUUUAGGCUGCAAUGACGAGGAGUUCGUCGACUUCCUUUCCCUUUGCCUUGUGUGGAAUCCCGACACCCGAGUUACCCCUGAUGAGGCACUCAGACACUCCUGGCUUGCCAUGCCAAAGGACUCAAGGCAAAUCUACAAGACAGUACAGGCCAUUACUGUUAAGGAGACAGAAACAGGCAACUUAUCGAACUCCUACAAGGUCUACAAGUGUGCCAGGCCAACCGAGCAGAAAAUUAUGGAGCAGAGGAAAGCCACCACAUCCAGCAGCGACACGAGCGCCUCAUCCGAGGAGUCCCCACUUCUCCCAAGCAGCUCUGGGAGCCACUGCGGUAGCCUCAGCAAUGGUCACAAGUUCCACGGUGAUCCUCUCCAGGACUCCGGCACUUUCCUGCCACCCAUCCUGUGACGCCAGCUUGUCCAGGGCAGAUAGGCAAGCUGCUCGCAACCAGUCGGCUGCACCUAGGCCGAAGAGAUCGUUCCGCCACCUCCUUUUGCUGCUGCAUCCUGAACGGCGAAGAUGCCCAAAAUGUGUUCGCACCGAAAAGGGCGCAUCCCAUUUGCUGUUGGUCUACUGCAUUGCUUGCAGCCUACUUACUCUUUCUUGUUUUGUUCGUAUGUGACUUGAACGUGGGCUCUCAGUAAACUCUGGCCUAACAUGUAUAUCUAUAAACCGUACAUAUGCACCGAGAAA